AACAUUAGGAAUUCAGUACCGCGCCGGCGAUCUGCGUUGGCGCACGCAUGUCAGUGGCGCCAUAUUGUUCUAUUUUCAAAAUAAUGUCGUUAAAGUUAUUUCUGUUUUUGACGGUCGUGGGUUUGGUGGCUGCUCAGGGCCCUAAUCCUACGCUCCGAGUGGCUCAUGGGCUUCUGCAGGGAGCAUGGAAGGUGUCCACUAAAGGCCGGUCCUAUGCCAGCUUCCAAGGCGUUCCAUAUGCUAGGCCACCGAUUGGAAAAUAUCGAUUUAGGGAACCACAACAGCUGAAGCCAUGGCUUGGAGUGUGGGACGCGUCCAGGCCACUGCCCGGGUGUCUGCAGUACGAUCCCUUCGUCAAGAAGAUUACAGGUAGCGAGAACUGCUUGUACGUGAACGUGUAUACUCCGAAGAUGAACCCUGGCGCCAACCUGCCAGUCGUGGUCUUCAUCCACGGCGGAGCCUUCAUGUACGGUGAAGGGGGAAUAUACAACCCCAGCAACCUUAUGGACUGGGAUAUGGUGGUGGUGACCCUGAACUACCGACUUGGACCUCUAGGUUUCUUGAGCACAGGCGAUGAGUUCGCACCAGGCAACAUGGGUCUGAAGGACCAGUCGUACGCUCUGCACUGGAUCAAGAACAACAUCCUCAUGUUUGGAGGCAACCCUGACAGCAUCACCCUCACCGGCUGCUCAGCUGGGGGCGCCAGUGUGCACUACCAUUACCUGUCACCUUUGUCCAGAGGAACAUUUAACCGAGGCAUAGCGUUCAGUGGAUCUGCCCUCUCGGAGUGGACCCACUCCAUCAAGCCUGCUGAGAAAGCCAAGGCCUUGUCUUCGAUCGUGGGCUGCCCUACCAACAAUAACAAGGAAAUGAUGGACUGCCUCAAGUAUAGACCCGCUGAAGCCAUCGUCAACGCACAGAUUGAUAUGUUUGAAUGGAAGGUGCACAUGUUCACGCCGUUCACUCCAGUGGUGGAGCCCCGAGGAGUGCGGGAGCCGUUCCUGCAGCAGUAUCCGUACCACGCAACUAGAGGCGGCCAAAUGAUGAACGUGCCACUCAUUGCUAGUGUCACUUCCGAGGAGGGAUUGUACCCAGGUGCCGUUUACCAACAGUCACCAGACCUACUGCCGGACCUCGAAGCCCACUGGAACCAGCUGGCUGCCAACAUCUUCGAGUACAACGACACCCUGCCUCUCAACCGUCGUGACGAGGUUGCUCAGAAGAUCAAGCAGCACUACCUGGGAGGCAAGCCCGUUAGCCAGGAGACAUUCCCACAAUUGAUCCAGGCUCUAAGCGACCGUCUCUUCAUGGUGGACGUUGGCAAGAUGGCGCAGAUCCACGCUGCCAAGUCUGGACAACCGACCUACGUGUAUCGAUACGCUUUCCGUGGAACCUCCAGUCUGUCCAACUUGAUGGCACAUAACGAAGAAAAUUACGGUGUGAGCCAUGGAGACGACGUGCUGAGCAUCUUCAGCUACCCUGGAAUGGUCCUCGAUGAGAAGGAUGCAGCCAUGAUUGAGGGUCUCAUCAACAUGAUUUACAGCUACUCAACCACCGGAACUCCCAAAUUAACCAACAGUGCACCUGUAUGGGAACCAGUGAAGCCUAACUCCCCUGAACUGAACUAUUUGGAUAUCCUGUCUCCUACUCAUAUGGAAAUGAAGGCCUCAUCAGAUUUUGGACAGAAGGCCUUCUGGGACAGCCUAGGUUUGAACGAAAAUGAGAACUACCGCGAGUAUCUUAGGGACGAACUUUAAAAACUGUUUUGAUAAUGUAAAAAGUUCGUACUUUUUAGGUUGUGUAUAUUUCGAAGAUUAUUGUUCGUUUUUUCUACUAAUUCAGAUGAUGAAUUUUGUUUUAUUGUGUUCAAGAAGGAAAAAUAAAAGACUUUUAAAAUUA